CGCCCACCUGAGCUCGGCGUCCACUCGGGAAGUUCGCGUGUGUGACCCUCGGGUGGCUCCCGGGCGGGGCACACGGAGCCGCCGCCGAGCAUGGAAGAUACGUCGGGGAUUCGCGAGCCCCCGGCCCGGCCUCGAGAACGCGACCCGGACCGUCGUCCCCACGCCGACCGAGGCCGCCACCUCGAGCGGCCGCGGGACAGACCCGGGGACCGGCGCCGGGACCGCGACCGGGGGCGAGAGCGAGACCCCCGCGGGGACCGGGACCCCCGCCGGGGCCGGAGCCGGGACCCCCGCCGGGAGCGACCCAGCGACGCGGGCCCCCGCGCGGGUGAGCCAGGAGCCUGGGGAACGGCCCGCCCCAGCCGGACGCGGGGCGACCCCCGCGGGCCCCCCUGGCCCGAGCCCUGGGGGACCCCGGAGCCGCCGCCAAGUGAACCCACAUCGGGGAGAUACAUGUCCUCCUAUCCCCGGCCUGGGCGAGAAGAAGUGGAAUACUACCAGCCAGAGGCUGAAGGGAUCCUGGAAUGCCACAAAUGCAGAUACCUGUGCACGGGGAGAGGUGUGGUGCAGAUAGUGGAGGUGAUUCUGAAUGCCAUGGUUCUCAUGUGCAUCGUGGCCUCCUACUUUGUGCUCGCAGGAUUCAGCGCCAGCUUCGCCAGCGGUGGUGGCUUUGGGAACAACUAUUACUCACCAUUUGAGGGCACAGAGCUGGAGCAGGUUCGGCAGCUGGACCAACAGUACACAGUCCUCCGGUCUCCUCUGAUAUAUGGUGGUGUGGCUGUGUCUUUGGGUCUGGGAGUCCUCACCAUGGGUGUGUUACUCCAAGGAGCCAAGAGUCUAGCAAAACUGCCAAGGAAGUGGCUCCUGACAGAGGCCACCUUCAGCCUCCUGGCCGCAGUGGGCUACUGUGUAGGCAUUGGUGUUUACCUCCAUGUGGCUUUGCAGAUCAAUGCCACAGACACUUGCAAAGCAAGAGAAAGGCUCUACGCCCGCAAGGGCCUCACCUGGAUGAACUGCCAGCUGGCCGGGACCGAUGGAGCAGCAGCCACCUUCGCUUGUCUUCUGGUGAUUACCUAUGGUGCCAGCGUGGUGCUGGCCCUGCGGAGCUACCGAGAACAGAAGCUCUACAAAGACAGCCAAGAACAGCACAGAAAUUACAGUGACACACCACAAUACCUGUGGUCAGGGACACUCUAAGGAGAUCCAAAAGGACAUCAGGUCACCCCCAUCGUUGCCUUCAAAAAGACAGGUUCUUUGCUACCACACAGUGGACCACUUGAGAGUUUUUAAGUUCUCUUUGGUUUGUUACCGAUGCAGAGUGGAGUGAUUGUCUCAUUUUUCUCUUGGAAAAGAUCAGCAAGUCGUUGUCAGCCAACUCGCUGAGAGCUUGAAAAACAUAUAGCCAUGUUUAAUGCAAAGAGCAACAGUAGACGAGGCUCACCCAAUUGCAGGGCCCUCCUGGCAUGGGAAGGUAUCAGUGGACGUAGCUAAUUAGCCAGAGAAAUUCUAAAAGUGAGAGAUACACAUCCGAGAUAGGUCCAGUGUUAUAGCAGAAAUAUUACCCAUCUUAACUGUCUAGACAGUCAUCCAAAAAAAAAAAAAUGCCAUCCAUUGAUAAUAGAGGUUGAACUCGGGACCUCUCAUUCUUACUUUUUUUUUGCUUAUGACGGGCAAUCUGCUACUCAUACCAU